AUGUGCAUUAAUGUUUCCUUCUGCUUGCCUCAUCCGAUUCACCAGGAGCCGGAUCACUCCAUCUGGUCGGUAUACGCGAGUGAUGAGGCUGAUAUACCUGCUGAAAUUCACCCUGAUCCCUCGGCAUCAUCAGCAGUGAAGUUGGUACCGAGCGAUGCGAACCGGCAUCUGCGAGUUAAACGAGCUCAGACUUCUGCAGAUCCCGAUUGUAGUCUCAACAUCACAAGCCCAGGCAACCCCGAGGGACCGGCCAGCAAGUUAGUAGACGAUGGCAAAUCAGGCAUGAAGCAAUCUUCAAAAUGUGCCUUGUCAAAGGGCAAUUACACGCUCAAUCGAGAAUCUAGUACUGAUGUGAUUAGUGUUGGUGAGACUGCUCGAAUCGGCAACGGUUCGUCUUCCAGUCGCCUUGAACCAGAUGGUGGUUUCAAUGCUUCGUCUAAGGCUUUGAUGGGAGGUAGAGACGCCGUGACGCCAGAUGGAACUGGAAAGGUUAGAACUUGUCUACCGACUCCAUUGUUCUCUAUCUGUCCAUCUUACCUGCCCUAUCACCCCUAG